GGAGUGGGUGCACAACUUUCUGCGUGUUUGCGCAGUUUAUUGCAGCGCCCCGAACGCUGCGGAUAGGCCGGAACCAGCGAGCCUCGGACCCGCAGGGCUCCGCCGCGCAGCACCGAAGUCAGCGGAAGCGGCAGCGCGGCGGCGAGCGACGCACGGCGAGAGUUCUCUUCACGCGCGCGCGGUGGAUUCUCUCUCGGGCGCUUUGCGGGGCAGAACCCAAAGAAAAGUUGUGGACAUGUUUUCCUGGGAGUGCACGGCUUCACGGACGCGCCGUGCAACGUCGUCAGCGCGUUGUUAGAUGAGCCUUGUUUUCUCUCUCUCUCUCUCUCUCUCUCUCCAGCCCGUGCGGACCUUUCGAGGCGACUCUGUUUCUGGAUUUUUUUAUUUUUUUUUUUGCAAUUGCCGCCCCGCGUUCGCCAUAUUUGUGCGCUGUGGAACUCGAGGGGGGGAAAGUUAUGACAUGUUCUGCGCACGAUCCGUCUAGCGCGGCUGCAUGCAGUCGACUUUGAUCGAAACCAAAGUGACUCCAUGGAGCUGGCCAUGGAGAGCUCUGUGCACCACUGAUAAGGUCCGGCAGCCUAAAGAGGAUGAGGAGAAGAAUGGACAGCGGACCUCAGAUUUGAUUCUGGACGGAGGGUUGCAUGUUGUCCACCCUGCACUUUUCCUUUGGGAUAUAUAUUUCCUCCCGAAUACCUCCUGUACACAGGAUUAAAACAAAGGAUCUCUCAGCCCCAGGCGACACACUACGGAGGCAAUACGUUGGUUUCGCACGGCCCAGCAAUCGAGGCUGACAUCUCUGUCAUUUCCAUACCGUACAACAUUAGCAUGAGUCUCCCUCCUCAUGUGAAUACUGACAAGAGCGGCAAGCAUCGGGCUGCAGCCAUGAAAGAGUCUGCACAGCAUUCAGGGGAGGUUUAUUAUGGUAUGGCACCUCCUACUUUAGAGUCCAGUCACAGUGACUCUGCGAGCAGCUCUGGUGUUUACAACCCGGAGAAGGGCCCCCAAAGUUUACCACACUAUCAACAGGCCGCUCCAGUAAAGUGGAUGCACCAGGACUCCGUUCAGGCCCCCGGCUGGACCCAGGAGGCCCCCGUGUCAGCCUGGGGGCAGAACUUUGGCCCAUAUAUGGGCGGAGUGAACGUCAGGGGUCAGAUGGCGUUCCACAAAGGGGUCCACGAGGGUGUCGCUCUGCCGAUGGGGGGAGAAAACCAACUGCCGGGACCUGCUGAGGUUUAUAGAGAUGCCAACCAGGCUCAGGGGAGGGGGCUCGAGUGGGAGCAGCACGCUGUGGCUGCGAUGCACCAGGCCCAGCUGCAAGCAUAUCAGCAGGGCCACAAAGGUGUAGAGCUCCAGGGUCAACCCCACGUGCCGUCUCACACCUUGCAGGGGUCCAUGCUGCAGCCCUUCCAGACAACGUUCAGACCCACCAAGCAGCAGUUCUCAUCUGGCUAUUACCCUGUUUUUCCAGGGAACAAGUCAAUGCCAAGCCUGGCCUACGGUGAGCAACCUAAAACUCAACAACAGCUGCUGCACCAUAUGCAGCAGCAAAAAAUGCACCAUCAGCAGCAGCAGCAGCAACAGCAGCAGCAGCAGCAGCAACAGCAGUUGCAGCAACAGCAUCACCUCCAGCUGCAACAGCAGCAACAGCAUUUGCAACAACAGCAGCACCAAAUCCAACAGCAUCAAAUGCAACAGCAACAACUGCAGCAGAUGCAGCAAUAUCGCCAGCAACAGCUGCAGGGGCGACAGCAACAAAUCCAGCAAAUGCAGCAGCAGCAGCUGCAACAACAAAAUGUGCCCCAGCAAGACGCAACGACACAACUACAGGUGCAACCAAAACAGCCACAGACCCAAAACUUUGCAGCGUAUCAGUCUCCCGAUCCCUGUCCGCCUGAUGCGGCGUCUACAAAGGAGGAAGCCCCGCCUGUGGAGCCGCAGGCCGAAGCCUGUGAGAUGUCAGCCGUGCCUGAUCCAUGUCCGGAAAAGGUCGCCACUGAUCCCGCAGAGACCUCUGACGGUCAAGCGGCGGCCCCACGGCGCUCGCGCCGCCUUUCCAGAGAGGGACAGUCCCCACCGGGUCCCCCUUUGACAAACAUCUGGUCUCAAGGAUCUAAAGAGCCUCCCCCGUCCCAGAAUGGAGUAGCAGGCGGACAGAGAGCAGGGGAAAGCCAGGCGGCUACAGGAGGGGUCAUCCAGAUCUCCCGUAGGAAGAGGAGGGCGUCCAAGGAGAUCAACUUGGAGACUCUAGCGCAGACGGCGUCAGAGAGGCAAAAAAUUGUCAAGGAAGACGGUUCCUCAGGCAGACAGGCCACCAUGGUGCCCCUGGUCAUCCCCGUCUCCGUGCCAGUGCACAGGAGCCAAAUCGAUCCUCAGGGUGGCUGGGCGCAGGGGCGUCUCGGCCAGGGCGAGCGGCCCGCAGGACAGUCCGACCGCAAACCCUCCGUCAUCGUGGCUCGCCGCCGGUCGCUCAGGAACUCCAUGACGGAGACUUUUGGCCAGGACGGUGAAAACGACCCGGGGCUGGAUGAGGAUGGAAAAUCCAAAUUCAAGCGCCGCCCUCGCCCGGAGCCCCUCAUCAUCCCUCCUCCCAAGCCGGCCACCUUCAUCGCCCCAUCCGUCUACUCCAGCAUCACCUCUUACCAGAGCAACCUGCGCUCCCCGGUGCGCAUGCCGGACCACCCCCUCAUCCUGCCGCCCUACACGCCUCCGCCCAUCCUCUCACCUGUGCGCGAGGGCUCGGGACUCUAUUUCUCCACCUUGAUGACCAGCAUGGCUGUGGGCAGCCAGAUCCUGCCUCCGCCGGUGACACCCAAGUCUUCGACACGCAGCCUGUUGCGCUCCACAAGUUCAGACAUUACACCCCCUGUUCUGCCCAUGAUCACCGAUGGCACGCCAGUUAGCCUGGAACCGCGUAUCAAUAUCGGGCAGCAUUACCAGGCAGAAAUCCCCAAUUUGCAGGAUCAACUGUCCUCCCCGUUCGACGAGCACAAAGCCGACUUGGUUUGGGUCCCUGUGGACAACUCCCGCCUUAAACACGGCAACCAAGAGAGCAUGGAGGGUUUGAUGAGCAUGGCCUGUUCCAGUGUGCUCAGAGGUGGAGGAACCAACCAGGAGCUGGUUUUACACUGUUUACAUGAAUGUGGAGGUGAUUUUCUUGAAACACUUGGACGUUUGAUGCUUCAGGACCCAGUUUUCCCCCAAAACCAUCACCUGGCAGGUUAUCACUACUCAGGCUCCGACAGCUGGACCGCAGAGGAGAAGCGCUACUUCAACAAGGGGAUCUCUGCUUACAGGAAGGACUUCUUUCUGGUGCAGAAACUGGUGCAGACCAAGACUGUUGCUCAAUGCGUAGAGUUCUACUACACGUACAAGAAACAGGUGAAGAUCGGCCGCAACGGGAUUUUAACCUUCGGUCCUCCAGAUUCACCAGGGGACAAGCAUGCAGAGGCCGUGGUGGAUGUCAAGAGUUCACAACAGUCGAGACUGGCUCCAGGAGAGACGGAUGGGGACGACAAGAGGGAUGUUUCCUACGACCACGUUCAUGAGAGCAGCCAGCAGGCCAGCGUCGACCAGUCAUUGCAGGCUCAUGACUAUGCGGCAACAGUGCUGGUGAUCAAACAGCCAGACGCUGUGAAUAAGGAGGCUCAUCCUCUUCAGUCAGCACAUCACAGGCCUCGGGCCGAGCCUGCGGCGAAGAAGAGCAGAGCGCCGGCGAAGCCCCCGCCGGAUCCGGACGCAGUAUUUCCAUGCAAGAAAUGUGGCAGGGUGUUUUAUAAGGUGAAGAGUCGAAGCGCCCACAUGAAGAGUCACGCCGAGCAGGAGAAGAAGGCCGCGGCGCUGCGUCUGAAACAGGAAGAGGAGCAGGCAGCAGCCGAAGCUCGAGCCAGGAAGGCUGCAGCUGCUGCUGCUGCUGCAUCUGCAGCGGCGGCUGCUCAUCAAGGAGGAAAUGGGAACGGAUUGACGGAGCAGGCGGAGGUCAGCAGCCACGAGGAGUCAUCUGAGGGAGAAGAUGAUGACGAUGAAGAUUGGCACUGAAUGACAACAACAACAACAACAAAAAAAUGAAUAAAAAUCCAUGAGGAGAUGGAUCGAUGAGUAAACUGAGGGUAAAGAGGGCGAUUGAAUCAGAAAGGGAGGAAUGGAACAAAAAGAUGCACGCGGCCGAGGAGAGCGGCACAAAAGACAAGUCUUCCUGUUAAUCGUCUCACUCCUUCAUUGGCUGAAAGUGUCUCUGUUUGACCAUGACUCAGCUUUACACCGUUAAACCAGACGGUCACACUCCAAAUUUUCCGCAUUUGUAUCUUUUAAAUAUUCAGAGAAAGUUUAUUUUUUUGUAAAUGCACUUAUACUGUAUGCUUCUGCUUUUUGCCAAUAUUGCCUUUUUUAUAUAUAUCCAUUAUUUAAUUGAAUAUGUGUCAAAAAUAUUGUACCUUUUUUCAAUGAGUGGACCUCGCAAGAUAAUCAGGAAGUCUCUUAGGCAAUAAAAUGUCACGAUCAAAGCAAUAUUUUCACUUUGUAGCCUGCAGCAGCCCCUUUUUAAAAUAAGGAUCAAACUUGUAUUUAAAAUGGUUCUCUUUGGGAAAAUACUGUGCCGAAUCAUUCAGACUCCCGUCAGAGUUUUAGGUUGGUUGUACACUUGCUUCUACAACUAAGGGACCUUUUCAAAUGAAAUAUGUACAAAAAAAAGUAUAUAUGAAAUGUUGCCAUAUAUUUAUGAUACUGCAUUUUUUUCAAUGAUUUUGGUAAUAUAAAAACUAAUCACGUCAGCUGCAAUAUGACUUGUGAAUCGAAAAGUUUAUUAAAAAGCUCUACUGUUCUGGAAAAAAACAAA